GCGAUUUCGAAGUUUGGAAUGUAUCAAGCGAAAUGUCGAAAACACUCUUUCGACAUGUGCUGAAGAAGCCGUAGCAGAUAACUGUUGAUGGGGGGAAGGGGAAGUUUUGAGAAAAAUGAAUUUAAAAGUUUGAAGGCGCCUAGACUCGUUGUACAGGCUAGAACAUUCGAAAAAUGGCAUCGAGCGCUACAGAAACUACCAAAGAGUCCUCCACUUCGGGCAGCGGUAGCGGCGACAACUCGGAGACCAAAGAUGAAGAAAAGAAGGACGAUAGUAUGUUUGAGUGCAACAUAUGUCUGGACACAGCAAGAGAUGCAGUUGUCAGUAUGUGUGGACAUUUGUUUUGUUGGCCCUGCCUUCAUCAGUGGCUAGAAACACGACCAAAUCGUCAGGUUUGUCCAGUAUGUAAAGCAGCAAUCAGUAAAGAAAAAGUAGUACCUUUGUAUGGGAGAGGUAGUACAAAGCAGGAGGAUCCACGUGAAAAGGUGCCCCCCCGACCAGCAGGCCAACGUACAGAACCAGACCCAGCCACUGCUGGAUUCCCCGGAUUCGGCUUCGGCGAAAAUGGCUUCCACAUGUCGUUCGGCAUUGGGGCAUUUCCCUUUGGUUUUUUCACUUCAACAUUAAAUUUUGGGGAACCCCGACCAGGGGCCGCACCUAGGGGUACCCAACAACACUUGGAGGAACAGUUCCUAUCUAAGGUUUUCCUGUGGCUGGCUGUGCUGUUCAUAUUUUGGCUGUUAAUGGCUUAAUAAUUUACUAGGAGACCAAAAAAAGUUGGUAGAAUCGGAGAAAGUUCGGUAGUUUUGGUUUUUCUCCUGGUGUAUAUAUGCCCUUACUACAAAACCCCUUGUUUCGCUUCAAAGAUAUUCCAAGAUGCCGCCUAGCCGCCACCUUAAAACAUUAACUUUUACGUCAAAAUAUGCAUUAAUUUCAGCACCCCGACCUGUUCGAAAAACAGGGAGUACCUUUUUGAAAAGCAAUUUGGCGAAAAACCAUAUAUAACUUACUGUCUGAAUUUUUGUACAUAUCGUCUCCUUCCGGAGAAAAUCACUCCUAACGGACAUUUUUUCAUUGGAGACAAAAAACUAGCUUGAAGAUUGUGUUUAUCUAAUAACGAAAUGUAUACUAAUUGUUGAAAAAUCGGCCACACAUAGAUGAAAACAAAAAAAUGUGCCAAGUAUACCACUACAUUUUUUUUUAAUGAGUUACACAAUUCUUGUCCUUGAAGUCGGGGACAUACUUAUUUUUUCAGAAAGACAAAAUCACGUAUUUUAUCAUUUAUUUUCAUCACAUUCAAUGUAUUAAAACAUAUUUCAUAGUAAAAAGAUCAACUUCCUUUGUAGGGAAGUUUGUCGUAGAAGGUACUUAUAUUGCGUUGACGGCUUUUAACGUGUAAAUAGUGAUUUCGGGACAUGGAUAUUUUGAGCAUCAAGCUACCUUUAUAGUUAAAAGUUGCCUAAAAAUCACAUUUUUGAGAAAAUGUGGAGUUGCGCGAUUUUCUUCCGAACGCGACGAUAUAGCACACAAAAAAUCAAAACUACUGAUCUUUUUUGUGGGAUACAACCUAUUCAUCAUUGGUCUAUAAGGCAGAUGGGUUUUCUGACUUUAGAAGAUGGUUGACAUUAUUACUUUGUAUCACUGUUUAUGUGACAAAAAGCUGUGAUUUUAUUUGAUUCUCUCAAAUUUCAGUAGGAAAUCCUUUGUACACUCUUUCUACAGACUUGAUGGACUUUAUGAAAUUCCUAAAAAUAAUGAAAACUACUUAUAAUCAAUUGGUGCACCCUGUAUAUUUGUCAGUAGGUUAUUGUUAUAUGUUAUAUAUAUACAGAUACAGAUAGAUACUUAUUUAUAAAAAUAUAUGAUACAGUGGCAUUAGUGUGUAUUAUGUAUUUAUAUUUUAUAGUACUUCCAAAUGUCACUGCAAAAAUCUGCCAGGUCUCUUCUAGAGACAUGUAUAAAUUGCAUUAAGUUAGUGAGUUUGGAGGCAUUGGAAGUCAGGAAAUUAUUCCUUCUCAAUACAAAAUUUUCACAAGCGAUAAAUAAACAUUUUUUCUUAUUAAUCCUUCUACUAUCUAUGCUAGUAGACGACGCGAAAACCUGUCAUUCGUGGGAGCAAACUAUUUCUUUUUGUGUGAUUUGAUUAAAAAAAAAACAAAUUCGCACCGGGUGACCGCCAACCUCAUGAUUUACACAAACGUGACAAUAAAAAACUAGUUGGAAAAUUUCUCCAAUGUAGAUGAGGUUUUUGCAUAAGGAAAAUCUGUCAUGUGCAACCAACAAAUUCGAAUAGAUUAGAAAGAGGCAAGCCUCAAAGUACCUUUGACACUUGCAAUAUUUCCAUUCUUUUAGUAUGUUCAAGUGUUUGUUACCAUUUUGCUACAAAACUGUAACACAAAUCUUUUUUGAAUGGUGGUGAUUUAAGAAAUGAUGAAGUAUUGAAUAUUUCCUCAUUCUAGUCAAAUCAUAAUAAAGGCAAUGAAACUGUGAAUGCAGAGUUUUAAUUUAUUUGAAAUAACCUUAAGGCAAUAGAGGGUAAUGAUCCUCCAGUAGUAUCUACGAUAAAUUCUAGAAUCUUCUCUGCAACGGCCUGUGUAAAUCCUUAUCUUAUCCUUGACGAAACUCAUUGAUUCUGGCCAAGUGGUAAAACUGUGUAGUGUCUGUAGUUGCUGGGGGUCAAAUGUAGCAGAAUUGCGCUUUUGCACAAAAAUAAAAAAUAACGGUAGAAAUAGUGUUUUAUUAAAUCUUUAUCAGGAGG